CGAUCGAUUGAAUGGGCUCGUGCUGCGGGGGAAAAAAAGGUUAUAAAACACUGUGCAGGAUAGGUCAUUAAAGUCAUUUUGCAAACGAUCGUCCCCGAGUACGGAUUAGCGUUACUCGAUCGCGAGUAAGAGUUGUUGGAGUAGGCACAACAAAAAAACCGUUCCCGCGCCCCCGGAUUUGUGGAGAGUUGAUCGCGGUUCGAAUAGUGCGGAAAACAGUAGGCGGGUUUGUUUCGAGGAAAACGAUUUUCUACGGGAGAGGAGUAGAAGCAGUUGAAAAGCAGACAGAGGAUUUGUCGAUAUGGGAAUUCAAAAAACGUGGUUGCUGGUGAUCGGCCUAGCCGUCCUGGCACAUUCAGCCCAACCGCAGCAGCAGCAGCAGCACGACCAGCGUAGACUGCGGGUGCGUCCACGAGUGCUACAACACCAGCCGGAUAGUGCCGAGUACGAUAGCAGAGAGGACGAACGGCAGGACAAUCGUGCCCAGCAAGCGAUCCAGUACUACCGAGCGCAGGCCCGCGAAGACGACGAAGAUCCCCGUCAGUUGGUCCUGGUGGCCAGUGAAGAUGAGUACAAUGGUCAGUACGGUACACCAACUCCCAGGGCACGUGCCGACACGUACCGACCGGCAGUGAAAGUGACCACCGCUGCUCCACUGUCCCCCCGUAGUAAGGUGCCGGAAGCGAGACCACCACCGGUACAAACGAUCCGCAACUACAACAAAGUCAACGAUGACGGUUCAUUCACCUUCGGCUAUGAAGCUGCCGAUGGAUCGUUCAAGGAAGAAACCCGAGGUACCGACUGUGUAGUACGCGGAAAGUACGGCUACAUCGAUCCAGACGGUAACAAACGUGAGUUCACCUACGUAUCUGGAAAUCCAUGUGACCCAAACAACCCCGAGGGUAGCGAAGAAGAGGAAAAGUCCGAAGAAGAAUCCAACGAAAAUGUCCCACAAAACUACCCCAGAAGACCAUCGGCUCCACGGCCAAUUCCAACGCGUCCGGCCAACACCACACCUCGUCCAACCACAACCGUGUUCCAGAAUAACUACAACAACGCUUACAACGAGGAAGAGUCCGAGGAGGAGGUUCAAAUCGGUCAGCGGGUUCGUCCAGCUGCUCGUCCAUUUGUCAGUCAGCAACCCCAAUCGGUAACACAGCGACCACGUGUCCAAGUGAUCAGUACAACCCCCAACAACAACGUCUAUCACACCCCUACCCAAUCGGUUCCGGUUAACAUCACUCCGAAAACAGUAUACCGGCUAGCCCCACAGAACACACUUCAAACCCAGCCACCGCCAACAACCUACCGUCCGGAUACGACCACUCCGACCAUCAGUGGUUUCUUCUCAACCUCCAAAAGCACCGGAAUCCUCGGUGGAACACGACAACCGCUAGAUUUUGACGCCGAGUUCAAGAAAUUCCAACAGGAUACGAAAAUCCCAUCCACCACUCCAUCCCGACCGGCACUAUCCUCUACGCCGAAACAGGUCACCAACAAUCCCAUCUAUCAGACGCAGUUGGUGUUCGAUCCGCAAACUGGCCAGUACGAUACUGCCCUCUAUCAGCAGCUUCCGCAGGGUGACGGUGACUUCCAGCUGAAUCAUCGCAUUCAACCGUACGUUCAGCAUCCCAUCCAGCAUCAGCAACAUCAGCAACCGCAGCUAGUCAGUCUACAGCAGCUCCAGCAGCAAAGCCCUCUGUACCGUGGCCAGGCACCACAACCCGCUCCCGCCCAGGUUCAGAUUCCUCAGCAGAUUUACCAGAAGCAACAGAACGAGCUGCAGUUCAUCAAUAGCCAGCAACUGUUCGCCCAGCAGUUGGAACUCCAGCAGAAUCAACUCCGUGCCGACCGGUUGGAAGCGGCCAAGAAAGCCCAGGGUCCCCAGCACCGUUUUCAGGCUUCCAGCCCGCAGAUCCAUCGUGUCCCACAGCCCCAACAGCAGUACUAUUUCGUCCAACCGCAGGGUCAUUCCGGUGGACAGAUCGACGCCUUCCUGCGGGGUCACAACAUCGAGUACUAGCCUCAGUUCUCUAAGUCCCGCUCAUCCCUAGUGCUUGCUCCGGUUUAGGGGAAGCUAGGGUUUUGUGUUUUGUCUAGUUUUGUAGUCUACGAAGCGAAGCCAUCUACUUAAUUUUUUUCUCUUCUGUUUGUUUGUUUGUCUCGUCGAGUUAAGUAUUAAUUUAAAGCUGAGUUUCUGAGUGCCCCAGGUCCGAGACCCCCUCCCCCCUACGAUUCCCAGUCCUAAUUUAAUUUCCUUCACAACUUCCGUCCAUCUCUGUUAGCUCCGUGUCUCCAUUCUUUCCGAUCGUAAUAAGACUUUAAAUAUAUGACCCCGUGAAAACACGUUGCGAAAACGAGGAAAACCGUGAAAGGGUUUUAGUUUUCUACUGUUUAAGUUGCUAAGAAUGAAAAUGAUGAUUAUUGUAAAUAAGCAGAUUUUUUGUUUGUUUCUCCCAGAUAGAACCCAGCCCGUUCGCCGUUCGAAAAAAAAAAAUAAGAAAGAUAGUUUAACAGAAAAUGAAUCAAGUCCCAGUGGUGUGACAGUUAACCGGCGCUGUCAGUUGCUUAGCUUGGGAGUGAACGAUGCGAAAAAUUUGGCGGCGGGCUUUUUGGAAAUCAAUUCAAUAUGACAAUAAAAAGUUGAAAUCAGGAGGCCCCCCCCCUCCUUCCGAUAUUACUUAUCUUAGGGUUAAUCAUGUUUACCAUAUGAGAAACAAAUGCCAAUAUCGAAUUGAGUAAAUAAAUAAAUGAACAAAUAAAAAAACAUUUUGAAAAAUUA